AGCAACGUGGGUCGCACCUUGUGGAGGACAGCGCGGCGGCAGAGGCUCUCUCGCGGCCCUUUCUUCCCGACACCUUGGCCGCGGCCCCUCAGGUGCAGAAGAUGAAUAAUCUUUCAUUUAGUGAGCUAUGUUGCCUCUUCUGCUGUCCACCUUGCCCUGGGAAAAUUGCUUCAAAAUUAGCGUUUUUGCCACCUGAUCCUACUUACACGUUGAUGUGUGAUGAAAGUGGAAGCCGCUGGACUUUACAUCUAUCAGAACGAGCAGACUGGCAAUACUCUUCUAGAGAAAAAGAUGCUAUUGAAUGUUUCAUGACUAGAACCAGUAAAGGCAACAGAAUUGCCUGCAUGUUUGUGCGUUGUUCACCCAACGCCAAAUAUACUUUACUCUUCUCACAUGGAAAUGCUGUUGAUCUCGGGCAGAUGAGCAGCUUUUACAUAGGACUGGGAUCACGGAUUAAUUGUAAUAUAUUCUCAUAUGAUUAUUCUGGAUACGGCGCAAGUUCUGGGAAACCAACAGAGAAGAACCUCUAUGCAGAUAUCGAAGCUGCUUGGCUUGCUCUUAGGACAAGAUAUGGCAUUCGCCCUGAAAAUGUGAUUAUAUAUGGCCAAAGUAUAGGGACAGUACCAUCUGUGGAUCUUGCUGCUCGUUAUGAGAGUGCUGCUGUUAUUCUUCAUUCUCCUUUGACUUCGGGAAUGCGAGUUGCUUUUCCUGAUACCAAGAAGACCUACUGUUUUGAUGCGUUCCCAAACAUUGACAAAAUCUCUAAGAUAACCUCUCCAGUAUUAAUAAUUCAUGGGACUGAAGAUGAAGUCAUUGACUUUUCACAUGGCCUCGCACUGUUUGAGCGUUGCCAAAGACCUGUGGAGCCUCUGUGGGUUGAAGGGGCAGGUCACAAUGAUGUGGAACUUUAUGGACAGUACCUUGAAAGGUUGAAACAGUUUGUGUCACAGGAACUGAGCAUUGCCCGUGCCAUGGCAUCCAGAAGAUAGUAUCAUGUAGAAGAAUUGGCAAGGAGAUCUGGGUUCUCUUCUCACCGGACACCAGUUAGAUCUGUGGCCUUGUCAAGUCAUGUCUCUGGACCAGUUUCCUCACUAGAAAUGAAGAGAUGGAACUGAUUGAUUGAUAAUUAUCUCUUAUGUUUCUAAUGUAAUGAAAAUCUCAACCCCAUUCCUUUGUAAAGACUCAUACCGAUUUUUAACCUGGGCUAGAAUAGCCUCAAGUUAACUUAUUUUGAUAGUUCUCUUUUGUGCAUACCAGCAUGGUAGAACUUGGAUGGUAAUACUAAUCCUGGGGAAAUGGUUGGCAGUGUACAUAACUCCUACUAUAUCUUCAAGUACAUAAGACAGUGUAAGAACUUCAAUUAAUUGGUUUAUAAUCUAUACACUUUUCCAGACUUCUGACUGACUUCAAUUUACCACUUCUGUGUCCUACCUAAGAAUGUAUUCCAGUAGUUUUUCAUGGUGAUUUCUAUAAAUAUUAGGUAUUACUCAGUUUAAGAAAGCUUGAAAGGUGAAAAUAAAUUUUUUUAAAUUGCAAA